AUGACGCUCAUCGAAAUCGACGUGGUCUUCGACUUUGUCUGCGCCUGGUGCUACAUUGGCAAACGCACGCUAGACCGUGCCAUAGGCCUCUACCGCAAAACCUACCCUGGCGGCCGCAACGACACCAUCACCAUCACCUGGCGGCCCUACUACCUCAACUACAAUCCGUACGGACACAGCGUGCCAAAAACCGACCUCAUGGAUGAGCGACUUAAAGACCAAACGCCCGAACAGCGAGCCGCGCUGAUCAGCCGCAUGGACAAGAUCGGGCGGUCGGUGGGAAUUCACUUUAAAGGCGGGGGUAUGAUCGGGCCAAAUACGCGGGAUGCGCAUCGGCUGGUGUAUUUGUGUCGGGAGGAUCCGAGUACUCCGUCCGAGUUGCAGGGGGAUCUGGUGGAGAAGAUUCUAGAGGCUUAUCAUGAGUUGGAGAAAGACAUUUCGGAGAAGGAGAUGUUAAGGGAGUUGGCGGUUGCGGCCGGGAUUGAGGCUGCGACAGUGGACAAGUGGUUGGAGGGGAAUGGCGGGGGAAAGGAGGUCGACGACGAAGCGAAGAGGAACAAGGGGGUGGACGGCAAUACGGGCGUUCCAAGGUUUCUGAUCCAGGGGAAGUACCGCUGGGAUGGCGAUGAUAUGGUAAGAAUGCAAAAAGAUAUCGUCAGCGACAGGAUUCGAACCUGUGUCUCCGCUUUCAGACGACCUGAAGACCACUUCCGCUCUCACCUCCUCAUCACCAUGGAACUGGUUCAGAAGGAGCAUGAGAGGCUCUCGAAAAGGCUCAAAGCCUCUCAGAGCAUUAAAAAUGUUCAGUCUACCAUAGAUUUGCUUCAGUCGGCCCGCGAUACUAUCGCUUCCGACCCGACCAGAGCUUCAAUCACACUCGCUACCCUUCAGAAUCCCGUCAAAUCUUCCUUCGACGCGAUCAACGACAGCUUGAAGGAGACCCACAGCGGUCUCAACAAGUAUUCCAAAGCGCUUGACAAGCUCUUUAAAGACCGCCCCCUACCGAGCACCGAACACGAUGCCCUCUCCUCUCAGGAACACCUGAUCAACCGAGCCAUCGCAAUGCACCUCCUUCGCGAAGGCCAGUUCUCGGUGGCGGCAACGUUCCUUGCCGAAAUGGCCGAGCAUAAAGCUGCGAACCAGCAGCAUACUACUGGAUCUGAUACCACAGAGAAUGCGGUUAGUUUGCUUGACAUCGACGAGGUCCCCUCGAACGAGGUUCGGAAGCAGUUCGCCACCAUGUAUUACAUUCUACACGAAAUGAAGGAGAACAACAACCUUCUCCCGGCGAUCCAGUGGUCGCGAGAGAACAACGAAGCCCUGGAGGCGCGAGGGAGCAACUUGGAGUUCGAACUGUGCCGGUUGCAGUUUGUGUGGCUCUUCCAUGGAGGCGGACAGGAUCCGCAAGCACCGGUUUCCGCGGGACGGCAGGCCGCUUUGGAAUACGCCCGGCGCGAGUUCAGUGUCUUCCUUCCCCGGUAUCUCCGCGAGAUCCAGCAACUGAUGGGAGCGAUGGCGUUCUGUCCUAAUCUCCAAAACUCUCCCUACCGCGCUAUCUUCAACAAUCCGUCAGCAUGGGAGGAUGUGGCUCACUCGUUCACGCGGGAGUUCUGUUCUCUUCUGGGCCUGUCUGCAGACUCUCCGCUUUAUGUUGCUGCGACUGCCGGCGCAAUCGCCCUUCCGACCUUGCUGAAGUUGCAGACAAUCAUGAAGGCGAAACGGACGGAAUGGACGACAGAUAAUGAGCUUCCGGUUGAAAUUCCACUUCCGCCUUCAUAUCUCUUCCAUUCCAUCUUUGUCUGUCCUGUUUCUAAAGAGCAGACGACUGAUGAAAAUCCCCCUAUGAUGAUGCCUUGUGGGCAUGUGAUCGCGGAGGAGUCUCUCAAACGGUUAUGCAAGGGGACCCGGUUCAAGUGCCCCUACUGUCCCAGUGAAAGCCAUCCCCGGGAAGCAAGGAAAGUAUUUCUGUGA